CACUGAUGAACGCAAGACGACACGCUUCUCAAGAUUUCGUCAAUGAAGGACAUCUUAGGACAGAUUUCUCGGCAGACCCUAGAAUGCGCCAAUUUCAUCAGGGAUUAUUCAGACAAGAAAAGCUUCUGGAAGAGACUCGGAAAGAAUGUCAUCUCGGAAACAAACGAUACGAUAAAACGGUAUAACGAUGUGUUGGAUGCGCUCAUGCAAAAUUUUCGUGACCAAGUUACUCACGACGUAGCGAUCUACAUUCACCAUACAAGCGAAAUACUGGAAUUUAAUGGUAUGGCUUAUGCGGACUCCGCAGGACUAGAUACUACGAAGCAAUGCCAACCAGGGACACGCAAGGGCAUUCUCUCCGACAUCAUGAAAUGGAUCAACGACAGCGGAGAAGAUGUUCCACGGGUGUUAUGGCUAUCUGGACCUGCCGGAACGGGUAAAUCAUCCAUUGCUCACACGAUCGCCAACUCGUUCAUCGGAGUGGGCGGACUUGGAUCUUGUUACUGCUUUGAUCAAAACGAAAAAGAUCGCCAUAAAAAGGUCUUCACCACUAUCGCACGAGACCUGGCUGACCGUCAUCCGGAGAUGAGACGAGCGUUAGCGGAUGCAGUCAAGAACCAGACUGCGCUCAAGACUACAUCAGAUGUCAUACAGCAGUGGCAGAAGCUUCUUAUAGAACCGUUAGGGAAGCUUUCUGAGUCACCCGUGGGGCCUGUCGUGAUCGUGAUCGACGCACUGGACGAAAGUGGCGAGGUGGAGACACGUAGCAACCUUCUUCGCAUUCUUUCCGGUAAACUUCGAGACCAAACCAUCACGCAUAUCACGAAACUCCCAAAGAACUUCCGGAUCAUAGUCACCUCGCGCCCGCUUCGCGACAUUCAGAAUUCGUUUGCGGGUGUUCAACACAUUCGAAGAAAAUCUAUGGACGACAUUCCAUUAGAAGUGGCUGAACGCGAUAUCUGCACCUACAUAUCGCAGGAAUUAGAAGGGCUUCCGGAUUUUGGGAGCGAAAAGUUUACAGCCCUGGCCAAGAAAGCUAAUGGUCUUUUCCAGUGGGCACGUCUUGCUUGCAAAUCCAUCAAAGAACCUCCUCUCAGCUCAUCUUCCAUUAAGUUCUUCAAUGAUAUCGUGUCUCGCGAUGGUGUCAAACGGGAACACCUGUUGUAUGAUAUGUAUGACUUAAUCCUGAAGCAGAUCAUACCAAAGGAUGAACACGCAGACCCCGAGCUUCGGCAAACACAGCUAGCGAUGUUUCAUUCUGUGAUCGGACAAAUUCUUGGCACAGCCGAGCCCCUCCCAUUGAAUUCCCUGGAUGCCAUGCGAAGCCAUUUUACAGAUGAAAGCAAGUAUUACGAAGUGAAGGACAUCAUAGAACACAUGGGAUCUCUCCUCAGCGGUACCACCGACCCAUCCAUGCCAAUCCGACCCCUUCACGCAUCCUUCCGCGAUUUCCUGACAGACCAAUCACACAGUAAAGAGUUCUUCGUCGACAUGCCGAAGGUUCAACGCAACCUUGCUUUCGCAUCACUUGGAGUGAUGAAAGAUGGACUCUCCUUCAAUAUCUGCGGUUUAAAAUCAUCUUAUCUUCCCAACUCUGAAGAUCCCGAUCUGCGAAAACGAGUCAAAACCGCCCUUCCGCUCAUUGCCAGGUGGUUGAAGGGUCACACCGGAUACGAAGAUGCGUCGUCCGCUGCACUGGACGUGCAGAGAUUCAUUCAAGUGUUCGGCGGCAUCAUCUUGCACAGCACAUCUCAUCUCUAUGUAUCAGCACUUCCAUUCUCUCCCCUUAACUCUGCACUAUCCAAAAUAUUUUCUGCACGGUUUCAGAACUCUCUUCGUGUAGCAUCCGGACGUGAUAUCAACUGGACGGCCGUUCAGACUGUGAUCAGCGGAUACACUGGUGGUGUUAACUCGGUCUCGUUCUCUCCGUGGGAUGCAUCUACAGGGAAGCCAGUUGGUGAGCCCGCCAAUUCCAAUUCCAUCACUUCAGUCUCGCUAUCGCCGGAUGGGACCCGCUUCGCCACUGGUUCGAAGGAUGGCACUGUCCAGCUGUUGGAUGCAGUGACAGGUCGUCCAGUCGGUGAGCCCUUGGAAGGGCACACUGAUUGUGUCCGUUCAGUCUCGUUUUCUCCGGAUGGGACACGCAUCGUUUCUUGUUCGGACGAUGAAACUGUCCGGCUGUGGGAUGCAGGAACGGGGAAGCCUGUCGGUGAGCCCUUACUGGGGCACACUAGUUGUGUUAUCUCAGUCUCAUUCUCUCCGGAUGGGACUCGCAUCGUUUCUGGUUCGAUCGAUAAGACAGUCCGGUUGUGGGAUGCAGGAACGGGGAAACCAGUUGGUGAGCCCUUGGAGGGGCACACUGAGUUGGUUUGGUCAGUCUUAUUCUCGCCGGGCGGAACUCGCAUCGUGACUGGUUCUAAGGAUAAAACUGUCCGGCCGUGGGAUGCAGGGACGGGACAGUUAGUGGGUGAACCUUUCUGUGGGCACACUGGUGAGGUUAAGUCGGUCUCGUUCUCUCCGGAUGGGACUCGCAUCGUUUCUGGUUCCGAUGAUAAGACAGUCAGACUGUGGGAUGCAGUAACGGGGAAGCCUGUUGGUGAGCCCUUGAAAGGGCACACUUCUUGGGUCAAUUCAGUCUCGUUCUCUCCCGAUGGGACACAACAUUGUGUCUGGCUCGAUCGAUGGCACUAUCUGGCUGUGGGAUCUCGCAACAGGGCAGCCAGUCAGUGAGCCUUUGUGGGGGCACACUUCGUGGGUCAGGUCAGUCUCAUUCUCGCAGGAUGGGACUCGCAUCAUUUCUUCUUCACGGGAU